GACGACAGAUCCGCGGCGGCGCGCAGCUGAGCCGAGCAUCUGAGCACCUUGGAGACGCCACGAGCUUGAUCCGACGCGCAAGAACGCACCGGCACACCGACGCACACGCCCUCCGGACCCACCUGAAGCCUCCCCGAGCCGGUUAAUUGUCCCGCCUGAAGGCCGAGGAAAGGGAGUCCGAGCCCCGGUUCAAUCGCAGCCAGAACACCGUGUUCCCAUGAUGUCAUACCUGUGGAUUCUGCUAUUAGGAAGCCUGCUGGCUGCAAGCGCCACGGCACAAGAUGACGGGGACGCAGCAGCUCCUGGGAUGACGGCCCCUGAUGCGGAUGCAGGGCCCGAGGUCGGAGGAGAUCCCACUGCUGACGAGGAAACUGCUAAGGAGCCUGAGCCUGCUGCUGACCCUGAAGCCGGAGCAGACCAACCAGAGACUCCUGCGGACGGAGACGCAGAUCCAGAUGCUCCUGCAGCCGGGGACGCAGAUUCAGAUGCUCCUGCAGCCGGGGACGCAGAUUCAGAUGCUCCUGCAGCCGGGGACGCGGAUACAGAGCCUCCUGCAGCCGGGGACACGGAUACAGAGCCUCCUGCAGCCGGGGACACGGAUACAGAGCCUCCUGCAGCCGGGGACGCAGAUACAGAUGCUCCUGCAGCCGGGGGCGCAGAUCCAGAGGCUCCAGCAGCUGGAGACGCAGAAUCAGAUGCUCCUGCAGCUGGAGACGCAGAUCCAGAUGCUCCUGCAGCCGGAGGCACAGAUCCAGAGGCUCCUGCAGCUGGAGACGCAGAUCCAGAUGCUCCUGCAGCCGGGGGGGCAGAUCCAGAUGCUCCUGCAGCUGGAGACGCAGAUCCACAGGCUCCUGAAGCUGGAGACAAAGAUCCAGAUGCUCCUGCAGCCGGUGACGCAGAUUCAGAUGCUCCUGCAGCUGGAGACGCAGCUCCAGAGGCUCCUGCGGCCGGGGGGGCAGAUCCAGAGGCUCCUGCAGCCGGAGACACUCAGGAAGAACCAGAUUCUGCAGCUGUGCCUGAUGUUAAGGAUCCAGAGGCUGAUCAACCAGCAGGAGAGGACACGCCCUCCUCUAGCACUGAUGCCGAUCACAAGGAAACUGGAGCUGAUGACAAGACCGCACCGGAGACAGAUCCAGGUGUAGCAGAUAAUACGGAGGACCCAGCAGAUCCAGCUGCCGAUGCAACGGAUCCACAAGCUGUUCCGGAUCAAAUAGUACCAGACGUCAGAACAGACGUGAGGGCCCAGGCCCCCGCUGAUGCAGGAUUUAACUUGGAGGAUGCACUAGGAGAUUCUGCAGCGGACAACCCGUCGGGGAAAGGCAGAGGAAGAACUGGGGCACAUGUUGCCGGCGCCUCGGCAGAUGCAGACAAACCUGAAGCCCAAGAGGCCAGCUCUGGCUCAUUAGCAGCCAUCCUGAGUACAGUUGGUGUGGCUGUGGUGGGAGCAGUCGUUGGAUACUUCACCUACCAGAAGAAGAAACUGUGCUUCAAAAACAGACAGGAAGCUGAUCCAGAGGCUGCACGCAAAGCCGAUGCAGCAGAGGCUCAGUCAGAUCCCCAGGUCCUCAGCAACCUGUUGAACUCCUCCUAGACCAGCGACGAUCACAUGACUGCCUGGACACAACUACGGGCAAGCAAAGUGGCAAUCUCACUGUUAGGCUCUCUCUCCUGUAGAGCUGAAUUACUGUGAGGCCCUAGAGCAGGGCUGUGUGUGUGUUUCUGUCUGUGUGAUCGUGUGUAUGUGUGUGUGCUGGUGCGUGCGUCUGGAUGUGGGAGCGUGCAUAUGUGUGUUCAUUCUUACGUGUGUGCAUAUACGUGGGGGAAAAUGAGUUAGAUAAGAGAAAAGCAAGUAGAUAUAUGUGAACCUUAGGGCUUUUAUGAUUGUAACAACAUAGGAAUUUAUUCAAAUGAUUGGUCAAACUUUCUACUUUAAACCAAAAUCAAACAGCUUUUUUUAAGAGUGGACAUUAAAAAGAUUAAAUCUCACUUAAUUGUGACCAUGAGAUGGCUAAAUUAUAGACCUACCUUUUUUUAUUUUAUUUGUAUGGCUACUAUCCAGCUCCAGUAAUUCAGUGUGACUAUAACACAGUGACAGAUAUUGAUGUUGUAGACGUUUAACUUUGUACUGAACUCUUAAAAGUGUUUUUUUGUUGUUGUUGUUGUUGUUUGAGCCACCCAAAUGAUUUGGAAAAUCCACUGGCACUGUUAAAUAAAACACAUUUACGUCUUUUUAGACGUAAUUUCCUGCAUUGCAAUUGCAGGGCAGUCGGCAACAGGGGGCGUCAAUAACUACCACUGUAUUCCCUGGAUUCUGGCUAGGAAAAAUAGUUUCGAGAUUAUAAUCCUAGGACUCUGGGGACGCUGUUACAUGGUCCAGUGCAUGUUGGGUGGGCCGCUAAUGUCACUGUAUGCGUGCGUGUCUGUGUUUGUGCGUGUGUGUGUUUUUAUUCGGUGAAGGGGCUUAGUUUUAAAUGCUACCGGGUGACUACCACUUCGCUACCACAUUGGUUUAACAAACUAAAUUAAGAUGAGUGGAAUUUCCAGUUAAACACAAAAGAAUGCAAAUUAACUCCUGUACAAAAACAUAUCCAUUAAUUUGACCGUAUUGACUCCCCUAUGUCAAGCAUUCAAAGAAUAUGUAAAUAUUUUGCAACAUGCUGAGACGAGCUGAAGUGAAGUCUAGUCCAACCCCUGUUUCUGUCAAUGGACGAAUGUUCACCUGAAAUGGGCAAAUUCAAAAGAGGUCAUGUAGAAAUGUAUUAGACAUCGUUCUGAUGUACAGUAGUAUGUGUCAGUCUAGUUGUGAUGCAGUAAUUUCUCCUCUAUAGUGCCUUUUACUGACGCAGCCUGGCUUGACCAACCUACAGGCACACAGGGAAGAGAGCUGGGACAGUGAGAGUGGAAAAAUAAAAAAAUAGUAGAUGAAUGUGUCAAAAUAUAUUAGAAAGCGAGUUGAGGAAUGUAUGAUCUUAAUUAUUUCAGAAUGUAUCAUGUUGGUGGUUGGAAAGCCUCACCUUGAACUGCUCACAUAUUGCUCCAGUUUGCUGUUUUAUUUCCAGUACUUCUCCUUUUUUAAAGAACGCUGCGUUCCAAACUCUUUCAUCAGCGGCGAAACCCUCCUCAUUGUGUCUGUUUAGUUGAGCAAGCCAGUCGCUGUCGCAGUGUUUUUGUAUCAUUCAUAUUUCCACUCACCUGUGAUUUUUAUAUGAAUUUUACAUUUAGCAGUGGUGCCUCAGAGCUGACACAGAUAGUCUUUAGUCGACUUGUCCGCUGUGGUAUUUUGUGAUUACUAUUGUGAAAUGCCUCAGACGCAGCGCUGCGGCAUUAAAAACAAAAAAAAAAGCCCAACAGUUGUUUUUUUGGUUUGUUUGUUUUUUUGCCACUGUAGCACAAAUAUUACCUUCUGAAUGUCUUUUUGUUACCUUGCAGUUUUGUACUUGCUCUGCUCCCUUUAAACUUUGAAAUGGGGUUAUAGCGGUUGCAUAGUGCUGCAGUUCAUGUAAACUGUGUUACUUGUAAAGCACCAUAUAGCUGCAAUACAGGACAGAGACUGUUGCUAACAGCCUAGCCUCAAGACGAGAAAUAUUAAUAAUCUGUGAUGUCACAUAUCGAUUAAUCCUACUGUAUAAACUGUGGGCUGGACGCCGGGUCAAAGCUCUGUUUGAAAUGCCUUCUUAUCCUGUAGCCUGUGAUAGACUGAGUUCCUGAACAGCACACUGAACAAGUGUGCGUGAAAUCUGUCACAGCGUCUGCUACAAUGGCAUGGUGUGAUAAUGCACAAAAUACCCGUUAGAUAGUACAAGCUUUCAGAUACAGCCACCGAUGCCUUCAAAACAGAAAAAUCAUCCUUUUAGUGCAGUACCCGGCCACUUCGUGCACUCCAAUAAGUGCGCAAGGAAUCGACAAAAGCACUGCAGUGCACGUUCAAAAACCUUCCUGGGGCUGAUUGCAUGUAAAGGAGACUGAAACAAUAAUAAAUCCCUAAAAAGGGAACAAGGCUUUAUCCUGUGGUCCACUCUACAUUUAGUCCCGAGCCAGUCAGAUUCCUUGUAAACACAAACAAUCGGAGCUCAGCAUCCAAACCAGAAUGUAAAGCGAGGAAAUCGUAGACUUAUUGGGUCCUGAAGUGCACUUUCCAGACAAUGCUAGGGCAUCAAUCAUUGCGCUGACCAGUCCUGCCUUAUGUCGCCUCUCGAAUACUCCAGGGAGAAAAACAAUGUCAUCAUGAGAAAGAAAGAUUGAAACAAGCAGAGAUGUUUUGCAGGUGAUUGUAAUAACACAAUCUCUAUGGGAGAAGCACUUUCCUAUCCUGUAUACAUCUUGAUUCAUUCAGCAUAUUUAGACAAUUCAUUUUUUUUUAUGUAGACUCGUGACUCUUCCUUUUUAAUUUAAAUAUUCUGUGUUUUUACUUUGUGUAGGAACUGUCUCCUUCAUUUUUGUCAUCUGGCACGUGUUGUCCUUCUGGAAUUGUGUAAAUAAUGUUUGAGGAGUCAAUUAAACAGUUUUCGUGGGA